AUGACUGAAACAAUCCUGGGUUACCUGCUGGCUUUUUUUCGUAAAUUUUCUCGUCCAGUGGAUAACGUGCGCCAGUGGUUCGUCCACUACGCACCCAGCCUACACCUCUUGAUUGAUUACCGCGACGGCGUUCCAAGCCAAAAUGGUGUGAUUCAUGAAGGCGCGGAACAAUCUGCGCCUGGAAACGCUUAUGGAAGGACACGACAGGGCUGGUGUAACGAAUUAGACAACGAAAAAUCUGUGUCUGGAAAGGAUUUAGAGUAA